AUGGACCUCCCUACAGUCUCACCCACAAGGACCUUCCUACAGUCUCACCCACAGGACCUCCCUACAGUCUCACCCACAAGGACCUCCUACAGUCUCACCCACAAGGACCUCCUACAGUCUCACCCACAAGGACCUCCCUACAGUCUCACCCACAAGGACCUCCCUACAGUCUCACCCAAAGGGACCUCCUACAGUCUCACCCACAAGGACCUUCCUACAUCUCACCCACAAGGACCUCCCUACAGUCUCACCCACAAGGACCUCCCUACAGUCUCACCCACAAGGACCUCCCUACAGUCUCACCCACAAGGACCUCCCUACAGUCUCACCCACAAGGACCUCCCUACAGUCUCACCCACAAGGACCUCCCUACAGUCUCACCCACAAGGACCUCCCUACAGUCUCACCCACAAGGACCUCCCUAACUGUCUCACCCACAAGGAGUUCCCUACUGUCUCACCCACAAGGACCUCCCUACAGUCUCACCCACAGGGACCUCCCUACAGUCUCACCCACAAGGACCUUCCUACAGUCUCACCCACAGGGACCUCCCUACAGUCUCACCCACAGGGACCUCCCUACAGUCUCACCCACAAGGACCUUCCUACAGUCUCACCCACAAGGACCUUCCUACAGUCUCACCCACAAGGACCUCCCUACAGUCUCACCCACAAGGAGUUCCCUUACUGUCUCACCCAAAAGGGCCUCCCUACAGUCUCACCCACAAGGAACUCCCUACAGUCUCACCCACAAGGACCUCCCUACAGUCUCACCCACAAGGACCUUCCUACAGUCUCACCCACAAGGACCUCCCUACAGUCUCACCCACAAGGACCUCCCUACAGUCUCACCCACAAGGACCUUCCUACAGUCUCACCCACAAGGACGUCCCUACAGUCUCACCCACAAGGACCUUCCUACAGUCUCACGCACAAGGACCUCCCUACAGUCUCACCCACAAGGACCUUCCUAGAGUCGCACCAACAAGGAGUUCCCUUACUGUCUCACCCACAAGGAGUUCCCUUACUGUCUCACCCACAAGGACCUCCCUACAGUCGCACCAACAAGGAGUUCCCUUACUGUCUCACCCACAAGGAGUUCCCUACUGUCUCACCCACAAGGAGAGUUCCCUACUGUCUCACCAACAAGGAGUUCCCUUACUGUCUCACCAACAAGGAGUUAUCUUACUGUCUCACCAACAAGGAGUUCCCUUACUGUCUCACCAACAAGGAGUUAAUUUACUGUCUCACCCACAAGGAGUUCUCUUACUGUCUCACCAACAAGGAGUUCCCUUACUGUCUCAACCACAAGGAGUUCCCUUACUGUCUCACCAACAAGGAGUUCCCUUACUGUCUCAACCACAAGGAGUUCCCUUACUGUCUCACCAACAAGGAGUUCUCUUACUGUCUCACCAACAAGGAGUUCCCUUACUGUCUCACCAACAAGGAGUUCUCUUACUCUCAAACCCAUAAGGAUCUUCUUUACUGUCUCAGCUGCCACAAGGACUUCCCUUACUUUCUCUAA